AUGUCUAAUGAACGAAAUAUCUCUGAUGAUGUUAAACAACAAAUAGAAUUAUUAUGUCGAGCUGGUGUAGAUGUUCCAACUAUAUAUGCAAUACUAAAAGAAGAAUUUGGUGAUCAUGUUACAUGGAUGUAUGAUGAUAUUUAUAAUUUUAUUUAUCAUUUAGAAAGGUCUGGUUUGGAAAAGAGAGAAUUAGAUGCUGAAGAAUUCGUAAAAAUAUUAGAACAAAUUAAAUAUGACAAUGCUGGAUUUUUUUAUUAUACUGAUAUUAAUGAAGACAUAGAAAGAUUAGAACAAGCUAUAUGGAUGUUUCCUGAGCAAUGUAUUAAUUAUAGUAGAUUUAAUGAUAUAAUUGUUUACGAUAAUACUUAUAAAACCAAUCUUAUUCUUACUGAUGAUGAUCAUGCAAUGGCAAAUGCUUAUUUCAAAGUUUUGCAACCUUUAGGUACAAAACAUCAUUUAUGUCAAUGGCACUUGAUAAAAAAUGUAAUGAAAAAUUUAAGUUCAAAGCUUAAUAUGAACUGGUCAACAUUUAUUAAAGAUUUUUAUAAAUGUCUUGGAGAAAUAGAUGUUUUGAACUUUCUUUCUCAGUGGAAUAUGCUUAAAAUAUCCUAUCCAUUAGCAGUAACCUAUUUAUCAUAUAUGGAAAAAACAAAAGAAAAAUGGGCUGCCUGUUUCAAUAAUGAUAUAUUUAUGGCAGACAUGACAACUACGCAACGUGGAGAAUCUAUUAAUAAUAUGAUGAAAG